AAAAGCCACCGCAGUAUUGCGGGUUUCCGUCCUGGGUGGUCGCCGGUAAAUCGUGGGUGGCUUUGGAUCGAAUGGCGUCCCGUCUCAUGGCGUCGCCUUACAACCUCACGAUCCUCGACCGAAACGAGACCCGCCUUGUUUGCCAUUCGGUUGUCCCCAUUGAUGAUCAUCGUCAUCAUUAUUCCACGCCAAUCGAUAAGGAGAACCAAAGGCAAUUCGUCGCGAAGGCGACGCGAGAUUGCAAAAACGGAUACGUGUGCGUCAUGUUCCACAGGAGAGACGAGCACGUAAUAGAGAUGCAACUGUCGGAAUGGCGCCAGCAGUUCGACGAUAUAUGCAACACGAGUACGUUCAAUUCGCACACGAUGCCGUACACGACGUUCAUCACAUCCGAUCCGAUAACCCGACAAUGCCCUAAUCUCGGUCGUUACGAGAUCGUGUCGUUGUUUCGGCCACCGCACGCCGACAAUGUCGAGAACUUAUUGGCCGCCGAUGGUGAGCAGAACGUUGCCAACGCAGCAGAGAUGCACGACGUGAGGAUGCCAUCCACGCCGUUCCCGAGCCAGUGUCAUCACGGCAGUGUCCGUAGAUUGGACAUCGGUUGCAGGACACCCGAUCGCAUGGAGUUUGCUACGUCUUGCAGCGACGAGGUGUUAUCCGAGUACUUAUGCCACGGAACUUGGAUCGAGAACGACACCGCUUACUUGGUGGCCAGCACCGACGUCGGACGUUACUGCCUCGUUUACAGCGCGUCCGCCGCGACGACAGGAAGUCGUGAACUCUCGGUGACGGGCCAUCUCGCUUCCUGUCCGAGGGCCUCUCAUCGCCAUCCAGUCUCGUGGCAGGUCAACCUCACGUCGUACGCCCAAUGCGGCGAUAUCUCGUCGGCGACCACGUGGGCGCUUCGGAUGCCGGCGUCUCUUCUCUACAUCGUCCUCUUCGGCGCGUUCCUCGCCAGAUACAUCGCGAGGUGAUGCCACUGAGCCGAGACGCGCCACGCAUCCGUGGCAAUAUAGUUGAAAGAGACUUUUAUUGCGAUCUUGCGUUUUCGUGAUGAUUAUACAUAACGUUCUGGGAGACGCGGUGAGACAGAGAGGUAAAACUAAAUAAUCAAUCUUAGGAUAUAAGCGAGCGCGGUGCGUGAGGCGAGUGAAGUGAUUAAGAAAAAUAAAAAAGAGACAAGUCGGAAACGGGUAAGGUAUAUAUACAUAAUAUAUAGAUGCAUGUGCCAGGCCCGCGAAUGUGGCAGAGCCGAGUCCGGAAGCGAGGCUUUACGAAUGUAUGUACAUAAAAAUCGAGAUGCAUCCACGAAAUACGAUCUCCCUGUGCACGUUCUCCUACGCUACGAGAGAGAUCGAUCGAGAGAUGACGAUGAUUAUUAUUGGAGAAAGCAUCAUUAUAUGAGAGAAAAUUUGUUAUCGUAUUAUGAAAAUAUAAGGAUAUUAUGAAAUGGUAACAUAAUCAUUUAAUAAACUUCGCAUUAUUGUGAUAUAACGAUACCUAUUCAUAAAUUGUAAUUAAAUAGGAAUUUACUGGCAGAGAAUGUGAUUUUAUGCAACGGCUACGAAAUAUAUUCCUCCCUCUCAUUCCACUCCUGUUAAUAACUGCAAUUACAGAAAUUAGCUCUUGUCAUUACCACGCUCGAAUACCGUGAUUGCUACAGCACGUUAAAUAUGCCGAAUUCAUUCUCCUCGUUUAUUGCGCUCGUGUAACAGAAUACUCCUGUUACGUUUCUCCUGGCAAGAACGCAAAGCGAGAGCGUGUUGCGUGGUGGCUGUUUUCAUAGAUAGAAUCGGCGUGGAUUUGCGUUACUAUAUAACGGAAUACGUUUGCCUUUGAAGAUGCGAGAAACGACGACUUAAUGAUGCAAAUAUUGAGUUUCGCGAAAAACGCUGCCUUCGAGGCCGCGAGACCGGAAAUAAUGGACAAUGCACUCGGGCCCGAGAUUUCUGCUUUCAUCUUUCAAGAAUGAUAUCUCGUUACGAGAUGUUACUGUCUAACUUUGUUUUAUAACAGCCAAAUAUUGUAAAAACUCUUCUAUUCAUUUUUUUUUUUUUUUUA